AUGAUUGGUUUAUCUACUUAUAGAAAUUUGCCAACCUUAUUAACAACAACAACAGUUAUUUCAACUGCUUUAAGAUCUAAGCAACUUUUGCGAUUUACAACCACUACUAGCACCAAGUCUGGUUCAUCAACAAGCACUACUUCAACCAUAGUUGGCAACUCCAAUCCCAAAUCACCAAUCGAUGAAGAUAAUUUAGAAAAGCCAGGAACAAUCCCUACCAAGCAUAAACCAUUUAAUAUCCAAACAGAAGUAUACAAUAAAGCUGGUAUUGAAGCUAAUGAUGAUGACAAAUUCUUAACUAAACCUACUUAUCGUCACGAAGAUUUUACCGAAGCAGGAGUUUAUCGUGUUCAUGUUACUCAUAGACCACCACGUACCAUUGGGGAUAAGAUUUCGUGUUAUGGAACUUUGUUUUUCCGUAAAUGUUUCGAUCUUGUUACUGGAUAUGCUGUCCCUGAUCCUGAUAAACCUGAUCAAUACAAGGGAACAAGAUGGGAAAUGACCGAGGGGAAAUGGAUGACUAGAUGCAUUUUCUUAGAAUCCAUAGCUGGUGUUCCUGGUUCCGUUGCUGGAUUUAUACGCCAUUUGCAUUCCUUAAGAAUGUUAACAAGAGAUAAAGCUUGGAUUGAAACACUUCACGAUGAAGCCUACAACGAAAGAAUGCACUUGUUGACAUUCAUUAAAAUUGGUAAGCCUAGUUGGUUUACUAGAUCAAUUAUUUACAUUGGGCAAGGGGUGUUUACGAAUAUCUUCUUUUUGGUGUAUUUAAUGAAUCCAAGGUAUUGCCAUCGAUUUGUUGGUUAUUUAGAAGAAGAAGCAGUGAGAACUUAUACUCAUUUAAUUGAUGAAUUGGACGAUCCAAAUAAGUUGCCAGAUUUCCAAAAAUUACCAAUUCCAAAUAUUGCUGUUCAAUAUUGGCCAGAAUUGACACCCGAAUCAAGCUUCAAAGAUUUAAUUUUACGAAUUCGUGCUGAUGAAGCCAAGCAUAGAGAAAUUAACCAUACGUUUGCUAAUUUAGAACAAUGGCAAGACAGAAAUCCUUUUGCUUUAAAAAUUAAAGAUUCAGACAAGCCACAACCAAAUUACAAUUUAGAUGUAACUAGACCCCAAGGAUGGGAAAGAAAGGAUUUGUAUCUUUAG